CGCGACUUUCCACGUCCCCCAGCGUCGCAUCCGCCGCCCAGUCCCUUCUCCGUGGAGAAGCUCCUUGCUCCUGGGAAGCACCGCUGCCCGCUCCCAGCAGGUCCUUUCUGCCCCGAACCCGCGCCGCAGGGAAGAGCGGGGCAAACGAAACGAAUAGAACCAUGGCAACUCCCUCUGCUGCCUUCGAGGCCCUUAUGAAUGGAGUGACAAGCUGGGAUGUCCCUGAAGAUGCCAUCCCAUGUGAACUGCUUCUUAUUGGAGAGGCCUCAUUUCCAGUGAUGGUGAAUGACAUGGGCCAGGUGCUCAUCGCUGCCUCCUCCUAUGGCCGAGGCCGCCUGGUGGUCGUGUCCCAUGAGGACUACUUGGCAGAGACCCAGCUCACUCCCUUUCUCCUCAAUGCAGUGGGGUGGCUUUGUUCUUCCCCCGGGGCUCCCAUUGGUGUACACCCAUCCCUGGCACCUUUGGCCAAAAUCCUUGAGGGCUCCGGAGUGGAGGCAAAGAUUGAGCCAGAAGUGAAAGACUCCCUAGGGGUUUACUGUAUCGAUGCCUAUAAUGAAACCAUGACUGAAAAGCUGGUCCAGUUUAUGAAACGCGGAGGGGGCUUGCUCAUAGGAGGCCAGGCCUGGGAUUGGGCCAACCAGGGCGAAGAUGAAAGGGUACUAUUCACGUUCCCUGGGAACCUCGUGACCAGUGUGGCUGGUGUGUACUUCACUGACAACAAAGGGGACACAAGUUUCUUUAAAGUCUCCAAGAAGAUGCCCAAGAUCCCAGUCUUAGUUAGUUGUGAAGAUGACCUCUCCGAGGACAGAGAGGAGCUCCUGCAUGGGAUUUCAGAGCUGGACAUCAGCAACUCGGAUUGUUUCCCAUCUCAGCUGCUAGUGCAUGGGGCUUUAGCCUUCCCCCUGGGGUUAGAUUCCUACCAUGGCUGUGUCAUAGCGGCUGCCCGCUAUGGCCGGGGCCGGGUGGUUGUGACUGGCCAUAAGGUAUUAUUCACUGUUGGUAAACUGGGCCCCUUUCUGCUCAAUGCUGUACGCUGGCUGGAUGGGGGCCGUAGAGGCAAGAUCGUGGUGCAGACAGAGCUGAGAACACUGAGUGGCCUGCUUGCUGUGGGGGGCAUAGACACCAGCAUUGAACCCAAUCUGACCAGUGAUGCAAGUGUCUAUUGCUUUGAACCCAUGAGUGAAGUGGGGGUCAAAGAGCUGCAGGAGUUUGUAGCAGAGGGUGGGGGACUAUUUGUUGGAGCCCAAGCCUGGUGGUGGGCCUUCAAGAACCCAGGAGUAUCCCCUUUGGCUCGAUUCCCAGGAAACCUCCUCCUCAACCCCUUUGGCAUCAGCAUCACAAGCCAAAGCCUCAACCCAGGGCCCUUUCGUACUCCUAAAGCAGGGAUAAGGACCUAUCACUUCCGCUCCACCCUGGCCGAGUUCCAGGUUAUAAUGGGCAGAAAGAGAGGAAAUGUGGAAAAGGGCUGGUUGGCAAAGCUAGGCCCUGAUGGCGCAGCUUUCCUUCAGAUUCCCGCGGAAGAGAUCCCUGCCUACAUGUCUGUGCACCGGCUCCUGCGGAAGCUGCUAAGUCGGUAUCGGCUCCCAGUAGCCACCCGAGAGAACCCUGUUAUCAAUGACUGCUGCAGGGGUGCUAUGCUUUCCCUGGCCACAGGUCUGGCCCACUCUGGAAGUGACCUCUCUCUGCUAGUCCCAGAAAUUGAAGAUAUGUACAGCAGCCCCUAUCUGCGCCCCUCAGAAUCUCCUAUCACCGUCGAGGUCAACUGCACCAAUCCAGGCACCAGAUACUGCUGGAUGAGUACCGGGCUUUACAUACCUUCAAGGCAGAUCAUAGAAGUCUCCUUGCCUGAAGCUGCUGCCUCUGCCGACCUGAAGAUACAGAUUGGCUGCCACACGGACGACCUGACCAGGGCCAGCAAGCUGUUCCGAGGCCCCCUUGUGAUCAACCGAUGCUGCCUGGACAAACCCACAAAAUCCAUCACCUGCCUCUGGGGCGGCCUUCUCUAUAUCAUCGUGCCUCAGAGCAGCAAACUGGGUUCUGUGCCCAUCACCGUGAAGGGGGCCGUGCAUGCUCCCUUCUAUAAGCUGGGAGAGACAUCCCAGGAGGAGUGGAAGAGGCGCAUCCAGGAGAACCCAGGACCCUGGGGAGAGCUGGCCACGGACAACAUCAUCCUGACGGUGCCGACCGCAAACCUCCGUACUCUGGAGAACCCAGAGCCACUGCUCCGCCUCUGGGAUGAGGUGAUGCAGGCCGUGGCCCGACUGGGAGCCGAGCCCUUCCCUUUGCGUCUGCCUCAGAGGAUUGUUGCUGACGUGCAGAUCUCAGUUGGCUGGAUGCAUGCAGGGUACCCCAUCAUGUGCCAUCUGGAGUCAGUGCAGGAGCUCAUCAAUGAGAAGCUCAUCAGAACCAAGGGGCUGUGGGGCCCUGUCCACGAGCUGGGCCGCAACCAGCAGCGGCAGGAGUGGGAGUUCCCACCACACACCACCGAGGCCACCUGCAACCUGUGGUGUGUUUAUGUGCAUGAAACAGUCUUGGGCAUCCCUCGAGCCCGUGCCAAUAUUGCCCUGUGGCCCCCAGUGCGAGAAAAGAGAGUCAGAAUCUACCUGAGCAAGGGUCCCAAUCUGAAAAACUGGAAUGCGUGGACCGCACUGGAAACGUAUUUACAGCUACAGGAGGCCUUUGGGUGGGAGCCCUUCAUCCGUCUCUUCACUGAGUAUAGGAACCAGACCAACUUGCCCACAGACAAUGUCGACAAAAUGAAUCUGUGGGUCAAGAUGUUCUCCCACCAAGUGCAGAAGAACCUGGCUCCGUUCUUUGAGGCCUGGGCCUGGCCUAUCCAGAAGGAAGUGGCUACCAGCCUGGCCUAUCUGCCUGAAUGGAAGGAAAAUAUUAUGAAAUUAUACCUCCUCACACAGAUGUAAGGAGUGCCCAUCGAGGUGGCAGGUAGAGAGGUUUGGGGAGGUA